UGGCUGAGGCGAUAAAAGUGGUUCCAACUUCCUUAAAGGGACAGCACACUGCCCUUCCUGCAGCUGUUCUGUCAUCACAUGGCUUAGCAAACGUGAAUUAUACUUCUAAGCAGGGUCUGGGAAUACACAUCAACAUGGCUGUGAUGGGAAUACAGUUGGUGGUCACUUUAUUGGUGGCCACUAUCAUGCAGAGAGUGUCCCCCCACUACUCCUUUGCACGAUGGAUCCUCUGUAAUGGAAGCUUAUUUCGUUUCAAACACCCAACUGAGGAUGAACUGCGAGCACUUGCUGGGAAGCAGAAACCCAAAGCCAAGAGAGAAAGGAGAGUUAAUGGGAUAACAGAAGAGAAACCCCUGACAGUGCCAAGAGACAUAGACUUGCAGUUGGAUGUUAAGGCAAUCACUGCUAUUGAUUCUCUCGUGCUUCGCUAUUUCCUGGAGUAUCAGUGGUUUAUCGACUUUUCUUUGUAUUCAACAAUCAUCUACCUGUUUACUGAGGGAUACUACUGUCUCGUAGAUGCCCAAAAUGAAGUGAACAUUGGGGUUCUCUGGUGUCUGAUAACUGUCUUUUUCUCCAUUAAAGUCCUUAUGACCAUGAUGAAGCAUUACUUCCGCUCUGAAGAAGGAGGAGAGCGUUCUGUCUGUUUGACAUUUUCUUUCUUAUUUCUUAUCAUUGCCAUGAUGGUAAUGAUUGUGAGGGAAGAGUAUCUAGAGUUUGGACUGGAAUCAGGUCUGAACAGCGUCUGUCACAAUCUGGAACUUUUAAUGAAGCAGCAGGGCUGGCAGGUGUCGACUCCUUUCAUUAGACUUGGCUUCAAAAUUGCCUUGGUGGCACUUUGCUCUUUCCUUGGUGCCUGUCUGACAUUUCCUGGCCUUCGGUUGGCUCAGACUCACAUUGAUGCUCUUAAAAUGGCUGCAGAUAGACCAAUACUAAAGAUUUUACUUCAUGCCAGUUUUUUGCCUCCCGUCUUUGUUGUGGUUUUGUGGAUUCGACCAAUCACCAGAGACUUCCUCUUAAAUGCACCAAUGGGAAAAGAGUCUGUUCAGCUUAUGUCUGACUCCAUGUACAACACUUUCCGCCUGUGGAUCAUCGUGUUUUUUUGCGUCCUCCGUCUCUCCUUGACCCGCUACCAUUUGCAGGCCUACCUGGGACUGGCUGAUUGUUGGGUGGAGCAAAUGAAGAGGGAAGCGGGUCGUAUAUCUAUGUUGGAGAUCCAGCGUAAAAUUUCUCGUAUCUUCUGCUACCUUACUGUUGUAGCACUUCAGUAUUUGGCUCCUAUUAUUCUUACCCUUCACUGCAUUCUCUUAAUGAAAACAAUGGGUGGCUAUUCCUGGGGACUAUACCCAGAGGAUGCUGGGUUUACACCUGUUGUAGAUUCCUCUCCUCCACCUUCCACGGUAUCCUCUGAAGAAGAAGAAGACGACACAGAGGAAGUUCAGAUUGCUGUGGAGCACAUAAUAGGAGCGCUCAGUGCUUUUCGAGAUAUCUUCUCUUCCAUUUUCUUUCGUGGCCUCUUCAGUUUUUUGGCCUGGUGGGUCUCUGUUUGCCAAAUUGUCACCAGCCUGUUUGGUCUGUAUUUUCACCAGUACCUGGGGGCUUCUUCCUAAAUAAAAUUACUGAUAAGACAGACUUUUGUAGUGAGAAACAAACUUGGGAUCUUCCUUCACCAAUGGAGAUACUUCGAUGUGGGGUACUAGUACUCUUCAAUGGAAAUUAUUUUAAUUAAUUUUAAAAGGAAACGUAACGAAGAAGACAAGAAUUGCAAUGGAUAUUUUAAUGACACGAGUGGUGAUGAGUUUCUUGAUGGUAAAACAAUAAAUGUAAUAAACCUUUUUUUUGCUGAAUUGGA